AUGGCGAGCAAUAAUCCUACGCAAAUUUUCGCUGACGAUGUGGUGGAGGAGAAGGGAGAGAAUGCUCGUCUCUCCGCUUUUGUCGGUGCUAUUGCUGUGGGAGACUUGGUGAAGUCAACCUUAGGUCCUAAGGGCAUGGACAAAAUAUUGCAAUCUGCAUCCACCGGAGAAAUUUUGGUUACCAACGAUGGAGCUACCAUUUUGAAGUCAAUCGCACUCGACAAUGCCGCCGCCAAGGUCCUUGUCAACAUCUCUAAAGUUCAAGACGAUGAAGUCGGUGAUGGAACUACCUCCGUGACAGUCCUCGCAGCCGAGUUACUCAGACAAGCCGAGAUCCUCGUGGACAAAAAGAUUCACCCCCAGACCAUCAUCGACGGAUACCGGAUAGCCAGCAAAGCCGCACUUGCCGCUCUCGAAAAGUCCGCCGUUGACCGCAGUAACGAUCCUAUUGCUUUCCGCAAAGAUUUGCACGCCAUCGCCCGCACGACGCUCAGUUCCAAGGUUCUUGCUCAGGACCGCGAGCACUUUGCUACCCUCGCUUGUGACGCCGUGCUUCGAUUGAAGGGAUCAACCGAUCUCAGUCAUAUCCAGAUCAUCAAGAAGGCGGGUGGCAAGCUUUCAGACUCUUACUUGGAUGAGGGUUUCAUUCUCGACAAGAAGUUUGGCGUUAACCAGCCCAAGCGCGUGGAGAAUGCGAAGAUUUUGGUCGCCAACACGGCUAUGGACACAGAUAAGAUUAAGAUUUUCGGUGCUCGUGUGAAGGUCGACAGCACCGGCAAGCUUGCCGACUUAGAAAAGGCCGAGCGGGAAAAGAUGCGCCAAAAGGUUGAGAAGAUCAAGUCACAUGGCAUCAAUUGCUUUGUCAACCGACAGCUUAUCUACAACUGGCCAGAGCAACUUUUCAGCGAAGCCGGAAUUGCCAGUAUCGAACAUGCAGAUUUCGAUGGUGUUGAGCGACUAGCACUCGUUACCGGAGCAGAGAUUGCAUCGACAUUUGACAACCCAGACCAAGUUCAGCUUGGUCAUGCCGACUUGAUUGAGGAAAUUAUCAUUGGAGAAGACACAUUGCUCCGAUUUUCCGGAGUUGCCAAGGGCGAAGCUUGCACCAUUGUUUUGCGUGGAUCUACCGAACAGCUCCUUGAUGAAGCAGAACGUUCUCUUCACGAUGCUCUUGCCGUUCUUUCCCAGACUGUCAAAGAGCCCAAGGUUACUCUUGGUGGUGGAUGUGCUGAGAUGACCAUGAGCUUGGCUGUUGAGCAGGCUGCUCAGAACACGACAGGAAAGAAACAACUUGCUGUUGAUGCCUUUGCUCUCGCACUCCGACAACUCCCCACCAUCCUCGCCGACAACGCUGGUCUCGACAGCUCCGAUCUCGUUGCCCGCCUCCGACAAGCCAUCAGCAAAGGCAUGGCCAGCUCUGGCUUGGAUCUGUUCGAGAAUAAGAUUAGCAACAUGGCCGAACUCGGUGUUGUGGAAGCAUACAAACUCAAGAGAGCCGUUGUCAGCUCUGCCUCUGAAGCCGCAGAGUUGUUGUUGCGCGUGGACAACAUUAUCCGUGCUGCUCCCCGGCGGCGUGAGCGUAUGUAA